UCUAAAAUAAGAACCAAAUAUCGAACUCAACUCGUCUCAAUGAUUGUUGGAAGGAAUUAAUUAGUUUUAUCCAUCUUAAUUGAUGUAAUGCUUAACGCUCAGUUAAUUCUAUGUAUAUUUCUUCAGCAACCAUGUAUCGCCAGUGCAAAGGGGAACAGAAGUCAACUAUAACUAAGACAAAUGGUGAUAUAUCUUGGAUCAUAGGUUGGAAAAUAAACUGCAGUAUCUAUAGAUUCAAAUACCAUUUUAAAUUACCUGUCUUUUCUGUUAGACGUUCUUAAAUGCCAUUACUUGGCCAGGUGUACCACAAAGUCAUUCUGAACAUGCAGCACUUAUAAAAGUGCAGCUAAUGACAUGGAGUGUUGGAUAGGCCAUUAUUAGACAGCUCUAAGAAAUUGGAUGAUCUUAGGAGUGUUGAAAGAUUCUCUCUUUUUGCUUUUUCUCAUUAAAACUUUUCUAACAUGGACUUUUUUUGACCAUGUUUGUACCAAAUUAUAUAUUUGUUGAAAUGUGUUUGAUUCCAGUCCAGUUAGAGUGAUUAGAAAAACUUUUAGAUUCUUCCCCAAUAGUGUUAUAAACCUCAUCUGGACUUCAGCCCCAUAUGCAAUGUUGAAGUGAUUGAAUUCAUGCAAUGAUAUGUGGGUUUAUCACACAUAGAUAAGUGCAGGGGUGGUGUCUGUUUUGUGAUGUGAACCAGAGACCAAAGUCCAGGUGCAAGUGGGCAGGGGAGAACGAUAUUUACUGGACUCCCAAUCUGAACUCUGCAAUCAUGUUUGCACUCAGGUGGAAGAAGAUUUGGGAAUAACAUUUCUUCGCUAUAUUUCUUAAUUAUACGGAAGCAUUUUUAUUUUUAGACAGUUCAAGUAGAGUUUCAUUUGAGAAUCCUGAAAGAAGUUUCUAAAUCUUCUAACUGGCUAAAACAACAAGCUUAGCCUAUUUGUCAAAGAGUGAAGGAUGAAGUGGAGAUGCUGCCUGCUGGCAGUGGCUACAGUGCUGCUCCUCUGUGCAGCUAGAGCUGACAUGGAAAACCUCCAAGCUGAGAAUCUUAAUCUUCUUCCCAUAGAUGAACACCACAAGGUCUUGAACCGUGGGAUGAAAGUGUUGCCCAGAGACUGCUAUGAAAUGCUCCUGGCAUCUUCAGGAACAGCCAGAGAUGGGGUGUACCUGAUCAAACCACAUGACUUCCCAGUUGUGGCCUAUUGUGCCAUGCAGGACGGAGGCUGGACCGUGGUUCAGCAUAUCACUGUCAACAGCAGUGUGGAUUUUGAUCGCACCUGGGAUGAGUACAAGAAUGGCUUUGGAGAUGUCACAGGAGAUCACUGGCUUGGGAACGAGUACAUCUAUGAGCUCACUCGAGGCCCUGCCCGCUAUAAACUGGGAGUGAAACUCGUAGACAGAGAUGCUGUCACCAAGACUGGAGAGUAUGACCCCUUUCAAGUCGAGGAUGAAUCAACAGGCUACAGGUUGAGGCUGGGGUUAUUCCAGGGCACGGCUGUGGAUGCUCUGACCCUAGACACAGAAAAUUACCUUCACGACAACCAGAAGUUUACGACUAAAGACAGAGACAAUGAUAACUAUUUUCAAAACUGUGCCAAGCUGGAGUUUCAAGGUGUGCCAGGAGGGGGUUGGUGGUAUGAUGCUUGUGCUGGUGCAAAUUUGAAUCGCAGGAAUGUUAUUUACUGGCAAAAGGACUGCAACAAGGAGAAACUGUGCAAGUAUGCAUGGAUGAUGGUGAGACCUUCAGAAACAGUUAAAGUGAUUCACAGUGGACACUGCAAGAAUGAUGAGCUCUAAAGACAUUCUCAGAAUUUGCAUCAAAUUUGAGUCUAUAAGUAACAACACAGAUAGUGACAAAUGUGCCUUUGUUGAUAAUAGGCACUGACAUGAAUAUUUAUUUCCUCACAUUUUAUUAAGAAAUACCGUUAACAACAACAAAAUACUGUAAGGAACCAGAAUAUUUUUCACAAACUUGAAGCACAAUAAAAAAACUAACAAAAAAAAAACUUCUGUACAGUGUAAGCUUAACAUUUUUCUCCAGUUCACAUCCAUAUGUAUUGUCAGAGCAAAGGAUAACAGUAAUUUCCAAAAUUGUAGAAAAUUAAUUGUUUAAGAUAAUAGCUUAUACUUUAAGAAAAUAAACUCAGUUAAAAAAAAAUCCUCACAGUAUGUUACAGGUUGGCCAGAAAUGCAGGAAAUAUAUGAUUUAGCAGCAUUUUGAAUAAAAAGUUGUUUUUUGAUCCCAGUGAAAAACCUAAUCCUGAGGAUGACAGCAAUAAAAAUUGGUAUUCCCCAACCUUCCUCCUACUGUAAACAUUGACAAUAAAAGCAAGUCAUUUAAACUGAUCUACAAGUUUGUCUUAAAAAGCAUCCUCAGUAUGACAAGUGGGAUGUGAAACUAUUAAAGUCGAAUUUAUAUUUAAUUGUCUGACAAAACACGGAGAUAAGCAUGUAAAGGCUUGUAAUAAUCACCAAGCACAUAUUACAUAUGUUAAUGUUCAAACAAUAGAACAUGUAAAACAUUAGCCCUUUAAAAUUAAAUCUAGCUAGCAAUAGAAUAUUAAAAAGUUAUCAGAUUUUAGGUUGCCAAAUUGCGUCUAGCGGCUAAUAUGUAACAAAAUGCACAUCAUGCCUUGAUUAUGACUCUGUGAUUUUAUUUUUAAACUUAUUUACAAUGUCACAUUUACAGUUUCUCUCAAGUAUUUAAACAUCUCAAACUUUUUCACAAUUUGUCACAUUACAACCAAAAAAACAGUUUUUUUGUGGGAUUUUAUAUGACAAGAAGUGCACAUAAUAGUGUCUUGGAUUUGAUAAUGUUUGAUACCUGG